AACUUAUAGGGGAGUAUAAAAAUAAAUCAUUUCCUGAAUGUUCUUGGGUAUGUCAAAACGAUUGUGGAUUUUUUGGAUACAAUGAAGAAUUGAGGAAAUGUCGUACUCAUCGAAGAAUCUACACGUCACAUAUAUUUGAUGAAAAGGGAUGGAGAUACUAUUCUGACAAUUUUGAAAACCUUGCCCUUGGAAAGGAUAUCUCCUUUAGUUCGAAAGCUCCAUUUUCUCCAUACUCUUCUAUGGAUCCAAGGUGUGUUGUGGAUGGUCUUAUUGGUUUGAAUGAUCAGCUUGUAUUUCACUCUUACUUCGAAUUGUACCCAUGGUUGACGAUUGCUCUUGGACAAAUUUCUAUUGUCAACAACGUUAUUCUUUACAAUAGAAAUGACGGACUUGGUCACUGGCUGCACAGCGUUGAGAUAAGGGUAGGAAUGUCUUCAUCAUGGUCUGAGAUGAAAGUUUGUGGCAGGUUCGAUGGGCCAAGUCAGACAGGACAAAAUCACACAAUAAAGUGUGAAACAGAGCCAGCCUUGUACGGAACGUAUGUCACAGUGAAAAUAGUACGCCCCAACUACAUAACCGUAGAAGAAAGCGCCGAUGCAAGUGGCGGCAAAAAUGCCUUGGUUUUGCAAGAAGUUGUAGUCAAUGGAUAUUAUGCUUGAAAUAUAUGGAACUAAUAUUUUCAUUAAAUUCAUGUUUCAUUUAAUAGAUAUGCAAGUUUUCAACAAAAACAAAGCACAAAUAGUUAUAUUUUUAUCAGAUACAAAAGAGACAUCCAAUCAUACCCGGAGCACUGAAACGACAAUUUUUGACGUUACCCGACGUCAAAUGCUAAAUAUAGAAGUACAUCAUCCUCAUGUUACUUUCCUCAACAAAGUCACCGUUUAACUCAGUACAUUUCUUAUGUCGUUUUAACCAGUCAUGAAAUGUGUACAAAUGUUCAGGUUUCAUACGUAAAAUAAUAUUUUACAAUGCCUGUUUCAUAUCCUGCUAUUUAUCCAACCUAUGUCCGAUUAAAGACGAUUUUAUUUACGGAAAUACGGCAAAGUCAUGAUGACGUUAAGAAAUUCAUUUUUUACAGCACUUCAAUCUCGGAAUGAUGGUUUUCCUUCACGCAUAUCAUUCUGCAAACUGUUUACUUCGUCCGAAAAUAUUAUAUGCCACUUAAAUACUAUAGUGACCGACUUCUUUUACUAUGUUUUGGUCUCUGUAGGUGUUUUUUCGGUGUCAACGCAGAUUUUUAUCACUGUUCACUGCUCCACCUAUUCCGAAAACUCUCUUUUUUGAACGAUUUCGAUCCUGCCUUAAUAAAUUCCAACGCUGAUUGCUCAGCCAUUUUGAGACUUUAAACGUUCAAAUUAUGCGGGUUUGACGUGAUAACUUCUGUCAACCUCAUUAUGUAAAAUUCUUUCAGAUGUCCCAAGAAUUUUUUAAAAUACAAAUGAAAUUUUAAAAAAGUGAUAAAUAUUUUUUAGUUAAAAUUUUGCGGUGCUCCCGACCUCCAUUCCAAGUUUAAUUAUGAAGCCAUAAUUGUAAUUAAACAUUUGAAUGGAAAAAAUUUUUACAUUAUUCAACUCACAUUAAGAAAAAGAUUAGAAAUAUGCCAAUAAUAAAUAUCAAUGACACAACUUUUAUUAAAUUUUUGGCUUGUCCACGAACUUUACGGACAACCCUCGUACUUAUACCCAAAUCGAAUAUUUACUGGAAAGUCGAUAAAUAACACGUUUAUUGUUUCUCUUUCAAGACGGUAUUUCAAUCGUUUGCUCCUCGGAUAAUAUUAAUCCUCUUGUUGAAAAAAUAACUUGCUAUUGUCACUAUUACAAGUGAGAAGGUGAAUGUUAUUAUAUAAAAGUUUGUUAUAUUUUUUAUCGUAAUUGUGACUUUUUAUUAUUUUAUUUCAUAUUUAGAAACGCGUAGAUUACACUUUGUCAAUAA